AUGAGCUUCUUCGAGGAGGGAUUCUCUGCCGACUCGGCUGCCCAUCCAGAGCCUCCCACUUCAUUCGACUCUGGUAACGGCUCUGACUUCUCCUGGGAAGAUUGGUUUGACUGGGAUGCUUAUGAUGCCGACAAUGGCGCCGCCCUGGAAGCAAGCCAGCUUACCCAAGGAGACACCUCUACCGAUAAUAACCAUUUCGACGACAAGAAUGGUCUCGGAAAAGAUGAUGUCGCCUCUUUCGACGACGAUAUCGUUAUGAGCCUGGACAAUGGCACUUUCCCUGGUCUUCAACCCAUGGACGUCGACGAUUCUGUCGAUGUGGGUGCUUCGAAAAAUGGUCUGCACAACUCAUGCCUCGCCAGACCUAUAGAGAAGGCUAGCACUCUUGACAACUCCAACAGCCAUGAGAAGACCGGCACGAAUCAUGACCCUAAGGACUACGACGUCAACCUCGAUAAGCCCAAUGAGAGCUUUGGCAGUAACUUCCCUCUUGACCAAGGCCUUCAGGAUGGUAGUUCCCAUCAAUGGAAGAGUACCCUGCAGAUGCCCUCCUUCCCUCAUGUCCAGAAGAGCGUCAACUCCAGCGCUGGCAACUUUGGCACCAAGGGGAGCAAUGGUGACUUGAAUCAUCUGGCUGAAUUUCAGAAAUGGGUCUUAGGUUUGGACGCUACCACAAUGCUGCUACGCACCGCGCAAGAGGCAAUUGGCAAGUCUUCCAACGCCUCUUCGGGCGAUAGCAACGCAGCUCGUUUUACUGCCCCUUAUUCGAACAUCUCCCAAAACAAGCACUACUCUGUCAGUAGCGGUUGCAAUGGCAACCCAACGCCAAUCUCCCCUAUCCCCCGCGCCUCCAACGGCGUCAACAUCCCUAGCUACACCGGCAGCUUUUCUCCAGAGUUUCCUGCGAAGGUCGCCUUUCCCACCGUUCCCGUCGAACGUCCCGUCGAACGUCCCGGCCUUCGUGCCGCCAUUGUCUCCAAGAAGGAAUGCGACCACAAGAGCACCAACAAACAUGGCAAUGUAGUCAAAUGCAAGAGUCUGGUCCAGCAGCCCGGAACUCGCAAAUGUUUUGUCCAUCUGGGAAACAAGGUCGGACGCGACCGUCGCGCCCUCAUCGAGUGGCGCCACGCCCGUGGAAUCUACACCUGCACCAGCUGUUGCAAUUCUGCCGUCUUCAUCAAGAGGACUCUUUGCAAGCAUUGUCGGGACCAGGACGAGGACGGCAAGAAGAGGCGUGCCGCUGCCGCGAAGCAAAAGGCGGAGGAGGAGAAAGCCGCCGAGCAGGGAGAGGCAGCUGAUACGCUGGCGACCUUGGCUGAUGUUGCGAGUGGUGGACUCGGUAACACAAGCUCUGGCACAAAGCCUUUCGAAGGAGCAGUCGCACUUGGGAAGAAUCACGAAGAAUACCGCCAAGUCGAAGAAGAAAUGAGGGCCGGGAUGGCGAGAGAAAGUCCUUGA